GUUGCCUGGCGGUAAAGCUUAUGCUCUAGGGACCUUGAGAUGGAGGAUGAGGCUGGUUGUGGUUACAGAACCCCACAAUUCAAAGAAAGGAAACGAAGCUCCUACACAGGUACCUGCUCUCAGCAGCCAGGCUGGUGCAUUGUUGCUCUAAUUCUAGGGACUAAGACACUGCUGCAGGCAGUUGCAAUCGCCUUAGCUCUGCAAGCCUUGAGGGAGUGUUGUGAAAAGGCUGUGAAGACAGAGGCAUCACUAAGGCACAACACAAACCACACUUCAGUGGAAGAUACCCAUGGAGCUCACUCCUUGGUACUGAGCAGACUGAAAGAGAAUCUGUGUGGAAAUAAACAGGGAACAGAGUGCGAGCUCUGCCCCCCUGAGUGGCUGCUGCACAGAGGAAGGUGUUACUACUUCUCAGAGGAGAAGAAAAUCUGGGAGGCCAGCAAAGAAUAUUGUGCAGCCAGGAAAUCCAGCCUCCUGAUUUUUGAAAGUGAGGCAGAAAUGGGAUUUUUCAGUACCCAAUAUGAAGAUGCUAGUUUUCGCUGGAUUGGAUUAAAUUUCAAAGAAGGAGGAUGGGCGUGGCUUGAUGACCCCAAAUUACAAGGAUACAGUUUUACCAUGAAAGACAGAAAAGGUGGAGGGGGCUGUGCUGCUUUCAAGAAGCAGGCGAUUCAUGCGGACAGCUGUCAUUCAUCAUACAAGUGGAUCUGUAAGAAAAAGGCAACUCUGCUGGAUUUCUGAAACACCGCAAGAGGACUGGCUGCAUAUGCAAGCCUUGUCACACUACAUAUUAAAAUGGAUUGCUUCCCAAUAGAGGGCACUUGCAACAUUCUGUACUCCAAAGCAACAUCCUAGCACCCCAUAUUCACCAUGGUGUUAUAAUUAUAUGUUUUGCACAAAGUAUGCCUUGUAAGGUGUCAUUUUAAAAGUCUUGAUGUGUUGAACAUUUAUAUCCUGUUGGGUUGUAUGUGCUGUUGUUGGUGGCAUCAGGCAUCUGUAUUAGACCUGAAUGAACCAAAGUUAUUUUGUGUUAACCUAAAGGGCCCCAUGUUAAACUGUAAUCGACCUCACAAGCCAGUAACUGAGAAUGGAAUGUGUGGCAACUAGUUAUCAGUGCAACACUGAUACCAGGAGGCAAUUAUAAAGCCUGCUUGCACCUGGCCUGAAGGGAGUGAAACAAA